GGAUGUGAACCCUCGUCAGGUCAGGUCCCAUAACUACUCCUUUUGCUGCUGUCAUGAAGGAUUGAAGGGUAGUGUGAGGGAGUCCUGAACGGGGGAAACCCAAUUCCAUUUCCCUCUAAGGCUCUAACCGGAGCGGUUCUCUCUCGCUCUCUCUAGGCGCAUCUCCAUCAAGAGUCCUCCAACACUACGUCCGGCGCUUCGUUGUUGCGUAUCCCAGUCGUUUGGAUGAUUUGUGAGAUUCAUUCAAAUCACCAAUCCUGAAUAUUCUGUCUCCAAUUAUUGAAACGAAACCAACUCAAGAUUGUACAUGGUCAGUUACUAAUGUCUUUUCCAUAGACAUUCUCUGUCACCAUGUGGACUUUCGCAUCAAAUGCCAUUGGUGGGAGAGUUGGAUCGAAGGACUCUCUAAAAUCAGGUCAUACUGGUUCAGACUGCUCGGAUGAUGAGGUUUCUUCAAAUGCUAGCAGAGAGGAAAGGCUAGAGUGCCCAAUAUGUUGGGAAUCCUUCAAUAUUGUUGAGAAUGUGCCCUAUGUUUUAUGGUGUGGCCACACGCUCUGCAAGAACUGUGUCCUGGGGCUCCAGUGGGCUGUGGUGAAGUUUCCCACUCUACCAGUUCAACUCCCACUUUUCAUUUCCUGUCCAUGGUGUCACUUGUUAUCUUUCCGGCUGGUUUACAGGGGGAUUCUCAAGUUCCCUCGCAAGAACUUCUUUCUUCUCUGGAUGGUUGAGAGCAUGAAUGGUGAUAGGGAGAAAUCUCAUUCAACUUUUUGUGGGGAUCAACCAGUUUGGCCAAACAACAAUUUAUCCCUUGGAGGUCAAGUUAACCAUCGAAACCUCAGGAGGGCUCCGUAUGUGCACCGUCCAGAGCAGUCAGAGCAAGAUCGUGAUCAUGUUAGUUUUGGUCAUUACCUCAAUGUGGAAAGGUUACAUGCAUCCUUACGUAAGUCUCUUGUUUUCUUCGUUCACAUGACAGCCAAGUUCCCUUUGGUCAUCAUAUUUCUUCUGAUCGUGUUGUAUGCUGUACCUGCCAGCGCAGCUAUCUUAGCCCUGUACAUACUUAUAACAGUUCUGUUUGCACUUCCUUCUUUUCUUAUAUUGUACUUUGCUUACCCUAGUUUGGAUUGGUUGGUGAGAGAAAUCAUUGCUUGAGAUGCUGCUGAUAUUGUGAGUUCUGUGAAUGGUACCCUCUGACCAUUUGAAGUGGUGAUGUAAUUUGACGACGUCCCUGUAUUCAAGGUUGAUGUGACUGCCUUUUUUGACCAUUAAAUCCACAAUCCUUUAAUGCAAACCUUGUCGAGGAUCAGGUCCAAUCUCCUGGCAUGUGGCUUUUCUGAUGGUAUUGAAGUCCCAGUGGCAUGAGAAUAUUCGAGGCUGGCUUCUCGUGGUUUGGAAUAUUGGUGGUAGUGACAUUAGGAUCAAACCUCUUUUUUCCCAAUGAAGUGCUACUUAAAUUUGUAAAUGAAACUCUUGUAAACAAAGUGCUUGGGUCAAAUGUGAUUGUUGUGAUGGUAUUUGAUAAUCUACGUAUUGUAUGGACAGUAAAAAUUCCUGUUCUGCCUUUUGUACCAUGUGUGGAUGCACCUUUGUUUGCUGUUCUUGUAAGGAUGAGUAUAUUAGAUAUUUUUGAACAUUGGUGGAUUCACUUCUUAA